CGGCUGCGUGAGCGAUGGACGUCACCCGUCUAUGCGUUCUACGAGCCCGAGGUCAAGAUCCAGGUCCAUGGUGGACGGCGCAGCCAUGUGUUCUCAUGCGCGAAGCCUUCGUGCGCGGUGACCUUACGGCGCUACGUCGAUAAGAAGGACCGGUCUACGGGCAACAUGCGCAAGCACGCAACCUCUUGCUGGGGUGAAGAGGCGGUCACGCGGGCAUUCGAGCUUGACGACGACAAAGAGGCGCGCCGCGUCGUGGUCGACAGCGUCCUGCGUACGGGAAGUAUCAGCACAUACUUCCCUCGCAAGAAGAAGGGUGCCGUGACGUACAGUCAUAUGCAACACACUAAAGAGGAAACAAGGUUGAUGAAGACCGGAAGACCCGGGUACUACCUCCCGUCGCCUUCGACCGUGUCCCGCGACGUGAAGAUGGUCUUCGCGCGCACGCGCCAGCGUGUCGCGAACCUACUUCAGGAACACCCCGGAAAGCUCAGUUUCGGGACGGACGCCUGGACGUCCCCGAAUCACCGAGCUUUCGUGGCAAUCACUGUGCAUCUGGAGCAUAAGGGUCAGUCUAUACGGAUGUUGCUCGACAUGGUAGAGGUCGCAGAGUCGCACACGGGCGUCAACCUCGCAAAGGCCUUC